AGACUGACGGCACAAUGGUGGAAUUUACCACCAACAUAAUGUACACAUUGCUCAACGAAACAUUCUACUCUCCAACCAACCACAGCCUGCAGGCGGAGAGCACCAGCAUCAGGGCGUUCAACUUCUACGUUCUCGGCAUCUUCGGAAACACCCUCGCCGCCUUCGGCCUGAUCGCCAACACUCUUUCCAUCAUCGUGCUGAGACACCGGCGCAUGCAGUCGUCCACCUCCCUCUACCUCAUCACGCUGGCCAUCUACGACAACAUCAUCCUCGUGACCAUGAUCCUGUUCUUCGGGCUCCCGAACCUGUACCCGGAGACCCCAAUCCUGGAGGACUACUACUUCAACUACAACCACGCGGUUCCAUUCGGCUACCCGAUCGGUCUGGCCGCCCAGAUGGGCUCCAUCUACACGUGUGUGGCCUUCACCGUGGAGCGCUACAUCGCCGUCUGCAAGCCGCUGCACGCGGCCAACAUGUGCACCAAGUCGCGCGCCAAGAAGGCCAUGAUGCUCAUCUUCCUGUGGGUGGUCGUCUACAACAUCCCGCGCUACUUCCACUACCGCAUCCAGGUGCACGUGGUCGCCGGCAGCAACAAGACUCAGGCGGUGCCCAACACAACGGCGUUUGGCGACCACCAGGUCUUCAAGCAGGUCUACCUCGUGUACCUGCAGCUCUUCUUCAUGUUCCUCAUCCCUUUCUGCAUCCUGCUCGUCCUCAACACAGCCCUGAUGCGUGCCCUCAACCGGUCGCGCUUCAUGCGUCAGCAGAUCUCGACAUCGGCGCAGCGAGAGCAUAACCUCACAGUGAUGCUGAUCGCCGUCAUCAUCGUGUUCCUCGUGUGCCAGUUCCCGUCGAUCAUCGACAACAUUCUGCUCGCGUCCGUCGAGGCGUUCUACCUGCGCGUCAACACACACUACCUGCGAUUCUACACGAUGUGCACGCUCAUGGUGGAGGUGAACUCUGCAGUCAACUUCAUCAUGUACUGCGUGUUCGGCAAGAAGUUCCGCAUGAUCUUCCUGCAUAUAUUCGGGUUUAAAAAAAUUCACAAGCAGCUCCAGUAUAGAAGUACUUUAUAUAACACAAGGUCUAAUGGGAUUCGGACAUAUGAUAUGGAAGUGUCGUUGGUAUAGUAAAAAAAUCCCCAAGAUAUGUAUACUUCACAGUGUAUCUCCAUAUCAUCAGUGGAAGGAAUAUAUUAGUUAUAUAAGAA